CUGCGUAUCUCGCUUGCUUGGCUGAAUUCGUAUUCCGUUGUUUACAACAUACGGCAAAAGUGAAAACUGAUCUUACAAUUGCUAUGAAUAGGGUGUCUCACUUUCUCGCUGCUUAAAAUAACUACCCACCGCUCUUGGCUUAGAAAAACAACUUUAUGACAACUGUUUGGAAAACGAAGAGGAAACGAAAUCAGAUGCAUGUUGACAAUAAUCGAACUAAUCAAAUCUGCCAGGUUCAGGUCUAGAAUACAUACUUGACAAGGCUUGGCGUGUUUCAUAACAACAACAAAAUUGAGGUCGAGUUGGCUCGUGACUCGAGGUUCAGCCGUUCAAGAGGCAGGCACGUGCUCAUUAUACUUUGUGGUUGAGACUGCACAACAGCACUGUCAGGUGAUCAAUUCUCUUAACCUAUCUUCCUUUAACAAUGCUGGCAUUGUAGAUGAUGAUAACCGUCAAAUUUACGCACAAGCGGCUGUUACCAGAAAUCAAAUGUUGGGGAUGGAUUUAAUGUUCUUGUUCACCAUUUUGUUGCUGGUGAUGCCAAGUGUGAUCUCAGAAAAGAGCGAGUGCAGACCUUCUUCCCAAUUCGGUGACGGUAUAAAGAAGGAGGGAUACGCCGAGUGCCCAUCAGAACAACAGUACUUGUACCUAAAAGGACUAGAAGUCAGAGGAGCCAACGACAACCUUAAAGACAUUUCAGCGGGAAAAUGUUGCCGGCCGCCAAGCCUGCAUCAAGACUGGCCUUUCACUUGCCACUCAGCAGACUGGCAACUAAGCUUCAGCAGCGAAGGCUGGGCGACAUGUUCGCCUGGAUUCUUUCUUCGAGGGUUUCACCGGGGGUCUAGUGACGAGCUGAAGAGCAUCCAAUGGGCAACCUGCUGUAAGCCUUCUCUUCAUCCAUACUCGUACCCAGACUGCUAUGACCAGGAUGCUGGCCAGGAACCCUUGCGGCAGUGCAGUAGGGAUGGAUUCCUAUUGGUUGGAUUAUAUCGAGGAGCUGGAGAGCAAUUGUCGAGUGUUAAAAAGUUAAGGUGCUGCAAGAUGCUUGAAGGACAAAGAGCUCUAACAUCACUUGACCAAGCCAAAUCCCGUGUUAUGGACGUGACUUUAGAAAACCUGGGAACACUAGCACAUGCUAUGGGCUACGGCUGGACAGGAGGUUGCAGAACCAAAUGGCCUGGGAUGGACUUUAGAAGAGAAGGAGAUACCUGGACGGCCAAUUAUCAACAACCGUGCGAGGGAUUUAAGGCAGAAGAUCGCUUGAAGAUCACCUACGAAAAUUUCUCUUUCAAAGUCAAGAACGUAGACUACGGCAAGCCUGUUGUAGACACUAUGAAGCCUAUUGUUCAAGAUAUUGGAGAGAUACAGAAUGAAGAUCCUUUACCCGUAGAGACGACAAUCACUCGCGAGAUAAAAACCGUGCGAACUGUGGUCCAUUCCUCAACAAGCAGAUGGAAGGCGGGAAUUGGUGCAUCCAUCUCACUUUCAUACAAGUCCCCAGGUUCUGAAAUUGCUGGGUCCUUCAGCGCUUCAGUGACAUUGUCAGGGGAAGCAGAGAGCGGUCAAGUGAAUAAAGAUGAGAACGGAGAAAUAAAUUGGGAUAUCAUGAGAGUGCCCGAGACGCAAAAGGUCGAUGGUCUUUCGGUGACAAGGUAUCAACUUAACGUGGCGAGGAAGAACGUGACUGUGCCUUAUAAGGCUACGAUACAGGUUCAGUUCAGUGCUAAACUGGAAGGAUUUCUCCGAUGGGGUGGAGGCAAAGGAGGUUCUAGUCCAAAUUUUCAUGAAACACACCAAGGAUCUGAGAGCCGACCUGACUUUCCGUACAGCAUAGGAAGCCCUGAUGAGCCACUCUUCAAGUUCUUGAAGAGAGUGAGUCAGAGAGAUGAUAAACCUUGGUUAUGGAACGACAUGAAACAGAAGUACGAGUGGCUGCCAGCAGUGAUUAAUGCUCUGACUAACGAGAGCCUGUAUGAAUUCGAGUUGGAAGGAAAGUUCCACGACGUGUCUGGAUUGAGUUGGGAUGUAAAAUGGUCUGAUUCCCCAGUUAGUUAAGAACAUUAGUAGAGUUCCAAGAGAAAUACUUGAUAAACAGUUAAAAGCAACAUCAGUGAUAUUGAUUGGCUGACUGACUGACUUACUGACUGAUUGAUUCAUUGAAAAACAUCUGAUAUUUCAAAAUUCCGCUCAAACAUGUCCAACGGCCACUGCUGUUUGAGAAGUAGUUGCACCGAGUCGGGGGCAAAGCAAUUUUGUGUAAUAUAACGCCUUAAUCUGGUCAUGAAAAUUAGAAAAUGCAAAGAAACAUAAAUAAUAAUCUUUCAGUUGUUUGCAAAUUUCUUGUUAUUUGGCAUAAAUGAAAAGAAACCUGGGAAAUAAAGUAUCUUUAAUUCGGAAUUAUUUUGUAUUGCAUGGUCACUCGUUUGGCUGCCUAACGGUCAAGUUAUGUGGUGGAUCAAGUUGAAGAAGUACUAUUUCCCAUGGAAAACUGCAUCUACCAUCUUCGUAGUCAAAGAACACUGUAAACUGGUAAAACGAGUCACAGAAUGAUUUAUCCGAGCUCCGUGAUUAAUUAUAACCUGCUUAAAAGACAUGCCAAAAAGUCUACGAUGCUGGAUGGCAAGGUAUUGCAUUUGGACAUCAAACACAGAACCAAACAAAUGCCAUUCCCACAAGCCUGAUGAUGUUGAAAUCGGUUCGUUUUGCUAUGCAGUAUGGCGGAUUUUGGAAAAAGGUAAACAGUUCAUGCAAAACGCUCACUGCAGUUGAACCUGUGCACAAAUCACCCUGAGUCUUUUGUGUAAAAAGGAAUCUCAACGGGGCGAAAGUGUCAAUACAAAACAGAACUGACCCUUUUGCUUCGUUGAUGUGUUAAGCCUCUGUUGACUGUAAUCACAACUACUUAACGAGCGAAGGGACACGUUUGCAUUUUAAGACAGCGUGGCCUUUUUGUAGUUUGCGCUUUAGCUUAGCAUGUCGCUGACCUCAAUUUAGCAAGCUCCGUCGAAAUCAUGGACUGGAGGAGGGAGUGGCCUUCCCCGUCUUUUUCCCCUGUAGCUACAGUGGAACAAAAGAAGCUAAGGCGGGUAAGAAACUACUUUGUCAGUCUUCUCCUUUAGAAUCUAAUAACCUAAGAAAUGAGUUUUGACUCUUUGAGCAAACGUCUUACGUGCGGGAAAAAAGAAUCAUAAAAUAAUGAUUUAUUAGCAAUAACAGAGCUAAAACACUUUCGCGUUGAUGUAAAUCUGACAAAAAACACACGAAAAAUGUGGCAAA